UUGUUGCGUUGAUUUUCACAAUUCAUACAUUUCUUAUUGCAUUGCUUUUGUCUCGGAGAUAUUAAUUUUUUUAAUGCCUAGCUUGAUAAAUAAUUAAAAUAAAAGAUAUGACGAAUAAUUUGUAAAUAUCUAGUGCUUGAGUUUAAAACGCAGACGACUGCAGAAAAAGCGAAGUUGUGAACGGAAAAAUAAAAAGAAGGGAGUCAGCGAAAAAGCCCUUUGCAAAAGUGCGGAAAUCGCUAGUGACGUCGUGCAGAAAAGUUACGAAAAGAUAAUAAGAAAUCAUAUAAAUAAGUAGCAGCCAAUCGUAUUUUAUAUACGUUAUUGUAGUGUUUAAAUAAAUAUUAAAUUAAAAGAAAGUGAUUGUGCUAUUAAAUAUAUUAUUAAGAAAAAUGGUUUCUGCGUAAUACAACAUAAUAUAAGUGGAAAUUCUUUGUGGCAGCAGGGCGGCGACUGCACGCGCAUCGAGUAUGAGUUCCCGUAUAAAAACGGAUGUAAAGAAACUAUUCGAGUUUUGGUGUGAAGUCGCGCUCGUACAUAAUGGAGAUAAACACAGUACGCCUACGGGCGGCAGUCAGACAUCACCGUCUUGUGUCAUUGUUGAAAGCUUUCCGGAGGGAUAUCGCGAUGAGAAAACAAUGGCCGAUAUACCCGCGUUUGCGUUUCCCUGUAAAAUCGAAAGCGAUUCUGUGCAAUCGUACUCCUUCGUACUCACAACAGACGACUCCAAGUGGCGGUUUGGUUUCUGUCGCCAUGAUCCGAAGACGGACACCGCAAUGGUGAUAAUCACAUAUCUGCCGUGGCAUGACACAUUUUUGCGAUUGCUGACGCUGCUGGCCGAGUUGCGGCGCUGUGAUGAGACCACCACAACGAGCAUCAAUAAUGCCAACGAUGACUUUCGCACUUUUCUCGCCGAGGCGUAUAAUCGCGGUGUGCCCGAUCCGGGCGGACACUUGAAAUUAUUCUAUAACGGCGGACAAAAUUAUUUCGUGUUUGAGCGACCGCUGACGUUUCAAUUGCCCAGCAUACCCGAGAAUCACAAUUUAAAUCUGUAUUAUAAUUUUGUGGAUCCAAAGAAUAUGAUUGCUGUAUUCGCAGCAAUGCUGGCUGAGCGUCGCAUCAUUUUCACAUCGCGCCGGCUGGAUCGUUUGUCGUCGUGCAUACAAGCGGCCAAUGCGUUCCUCUAUCCUAUGGUGUGGCAGCAUAUCUUUAUACCAGUGUUGCCGAUGAAAUUAAAAGACUAUUUGAGUGCGCCCAUGCCAUAUCUGAUUGGAGUGCCGCAAACAGUGCUCGAAACGAUGACAACCGAUGAACUUGGCGAGGUUGUGAUACUUAACUGUGAUACGAAAGUGUUUCAAAGCCCCUUCGACGACGUACGCGAAAUGCCAGCGGAUAUUGUGUCACAAAUGAAGAAACAGCUCAGCCAUUCGAACGAGCAUAUUGGCGAUCGUGUUUCGAAAAUUUUCCUCGGCGUACUUGUGCAACUGAUAAGCGGCUAUCGCGAUGCUGUGGAAUUUCGUGAAACGGGCAAGACCUUCAACCGCGAUAAAUUUAUCGAAUCUCGCCCGAAACACUUGCGUCCGUUUCUAGCGAAAAUGAUGGAGCUGCAAAUAUUUCAGCAAUUCAUUGACGAACGCCUGCAAAUGCUCAACACCGGUUUGGGUUAUUCGGAUGAAUUCGAAUUGGAGACGGCGCGUUAUGCCGAAAAAAUGAAGAAGAAACGACAUUACGAAUUUCUAAACAAUGUCAAGGAAAAGACAAAUCCAGCCGUAAAGUCUGCUGUCAAAUCGGUCAAGGAGGGCUCACGCGGCGUCAAGAGCGCCUACAAAGACUUUAAAUCGAAAUUACGCGACAUCACACCACCGAACAGCUCGCAGACACACUUUCGUUCGCAUCUCACAUCGAAUUCGCAGCACGAUCGCAUUGACGGUAAUAGCAUCGGCGGCGGCAGCAGCAGCGGCAGCGCGUUUGGUGUAGGCUUCGGUUACGGCAAAACCAAAUCCAUUGGUGGGCAUCACUCGGCACCGAGUUCGCCGAUCUUCAGCAAUAAGCGUACGACUGCCGCCAGUGUGACGGGUGGCAAUCAAGCGACGGCAGCCUCGUUUCAAUACGCCUGUCCGGAGGAUUUGAAUGGCUCCAGCCAGUUUGUGCGACGUGCCCCGCCUCUGGCGAUGUCCAGCUCGAGUGCGCACAUACAGUCGAACGGUUUUGCGGGCGUUACGCAUGGCACUGCUCAUCUUGCUGCUCAUUUGGCUCCGUCUCCUACUAUUAGCCCGGCAAGCUCGCUCUGUUCGUCGGAGAUGAACUUGUCGCAAGAACUGCAAAAUCAUCCGUUGUUUAAGCCACCACUCGUGGAUCGUAGCCUUAAGCCCAGCAUCAGUCUAGACUCAACCACUCACCAAACUCAUCCACAGCAUCACUACAAUCAUCAACACAACCAUCAUUAUCAGCACAGUCAGUUAACGAGCAACAACCAUCAGCAUGACCACCAGCGAGCGCAAAGUCAACAACAGCAACAGCAGCAACAACAACAAUAUCAAUACCAUCAAAGGCUCACAGCCACACGCACCGGUGGUCCACCACCAGCGCGCCCACCGCCACCAGCCGCACAUCUGCUGCAAACAUUAAGCGCUGGCCCAACUCUGGGCACAACUGCCAACGCAACUGUAUCAUACUAUAAUCAUCCGCAUGUGCGACGCCAACUGACAGCGCUCACAUUACAUCCAUAUGUCGACACGAAACCACCGCCGGUGCCCCAGCCACCAGCAAAAGACGAAGAGAAGGCGCCGUUGCAUGUCGCAGCAGCGGCGAUGCCACAAACCGCAACGCGCACAUCGACACCCAACAAAAUCGUGACAACCGAUUCCAUAUACGACAAUCCACCAGACAUGCAAUCGCCACCCAUACCCCCGCGUCGUCAAGGCACAGGCGACAAUGCUGGCUCCGGCGCGGAGAGCGCCUUCAUUUCGACACGCGCGACACCGGCGCUGGCGCCGUCGAGCGGUGGCAUAAUUACGGGUGGGAGCGGUAGUAAUGCAAUCGCCAUGGCCGCUGCUGCCGUGCACGCGGGCUUACAACGUUUGGAGCACAAUUGCUGGCAAGACUAUGCGGACCGCACUUUAUUGCAACACGAUGCGCUGCGCCAUUCUUCGUCAUCGAAUGCCUCCAAUGCCUCGGUGUCAUCGUCAUCGUUUGACUCAAGUGGCGGCUCAUUUGUGUCGGCUGCAUCGUCAUCGUUCUUUCAUCAGGCGCGCUCAUGUGACGAUGACUCAACGCGUACGACAACAACGGCGGCAUCGACGACGGCAUCGACUGAGACCACACCAGUGCCGGCGCCACGGCAGAAAAAAGAGUCGCUGCGCUCACUUCAGCCACAACAUUUGCCAGUGCCCGAAUAUUCACUCAAAUCAGCUGCGGCCUCGUCAACGUCUUCGCAAGAGGACACGAUGAACGAUCUGAUAUCACUAGACGACAGCAACAACACCAGCUUCGAUUUGGAAGAUUUCGAUCCACUAAAUCAGAAUGCACGCCCGCUGCCGCUGCGCAAUGGCAAUGUAACGGUGAAUAAUGCAAAAACGAAUGGCUUAAAGUCCACCACAUUGCCUGCCAAUACUAACAACAAAACCAACAUCUUGGGCAACACAUCUGUUAGCACCGUAAGCAAUCCGCUAUAUUCGUAUCACACGCCGCAGCAUCUACGAUCGCCACAUAUGCGCGCACAACCACAAACACGUGCGCUGACCUCGGCUCAAUUGAAGGCGCCCACAAUGAAGCCACCACCUUUGCCCACCAGCAAACCGCCACCAAUGCCAGCACCAGACGAGGACUUCGAGCUGUUGCGCAAGUAUGGCCUGGAUCAGUUCACGUUGACAACCGCGCCACACACACUAACAACAACAGCAACAACUAUGGCAAAUGUAAAGAGCAGCAGCAGCAGUAGUAGUAGUGGAGGCGCCAACACGGCUGCCCUCGCCGGCGGUGGCAUGCACAAUUGGACCACAUUCGAUUGAGCGGGGGCGGCGGCUGCUGUCGUGUGGCGGCGAAGUUACGAGCUCUUUAUUCGUGGUGUAUGUUAGCAGUUAAAGUAUGUUUCUACUAUAUUUAAUAAUUACGGUAAAUUUAAAUGUAAAAAAAAUCAAAAACAACAACAAAACUAUGCAUUCGUGUACAUACCAGUUUAUUGCUUUAUAAGAUAUUGAUGUGGGAUCACAUUAGUGUAAUUAUAUAUAUAUAUAUGUAUAUGUAUUUAAAUAGUGUAUGUAUGUCUGCAGUUUUGUCGAAAAUGGAAAUGCCAAGCGCAUAAAUAGAAUAUUUUGUAAUAUUAGUGAUGUGCAUAUACAUAUGUACAUAAAUUUACAUAUACAUAAAACGAUAUAUAUUUUGUAAUAACUGUAAAUGUGCGUCUGCAUAAGGCAUAUGUAUGUAUAUAUUUAGAUAUAAAAGCGCUGUGAUGAUUGGCAAAACACAAUAGCAACAACAACAAAAUACGAAAAUAAUAUACAUUUGUAUGAGCAAAUGGCGCAGAAUAAAACAUUUUUAAGACUAAUAUUUAUUAAAAAAAAAAAGCUAAUAAAUAUGCUUAUUUAGGUUGUUAUAACGUCGAAUUGUGCAGCAGCAGCCAACUCAUAUAUGUCAGAGUCUUCGAAAAUGAAACGAUAUGUAAUUCUAUCUGAACCAGCAUUAAGUCAAGCCGAUUUUUAUGUUGUUACAACAACAAUAAAAAUACCAAUUCUAUUACAUUAGGUUUCCUUCGCCUGCAAACUUAUGAAAAGUGAUGUUAGGUUAUUUUGCAUUUUAGGUGACGAUAUACAUAUACUCAUAUAAGCAGAUAUUACAAGUUCGUCCAUAUUAAAAAAAAUACAUGCUCAAAAUAUCGAAUAAAUAAAAAUAUGUCAAAUCUUGUUAAAAAUCUGUAUAAUAUUCGGUAUCUUAACUUUCAAUUGAUCUAAAAUGAAUGAUUUGCUGGCUACUAAACAAUUUAAAAUCCAUACUUCCUUUGAUAUAUGUAUUUACAUAUAUAUUCCAAAUAAGUUUUAUAAAUUAUUAAUAUUAGUUUUCCUUUCAAAGCAUUCUUAUUUUUAUAACGCUCAUAAAAUUUACGUUUAUUUCUUAACUUCCAACUUAAAUUAUUAUUUUUUCGAUUUUUAUUUGAAGUUAUUGUUCGCCCUAGCAUCUUGUUGAUGAUCAACUAUCGUUUACGUAUGUAUAUCACCCCUUAAUUAACUGAGAGACUUCUGUUAAAGCUUCUUUGAUUUCUGUAAGAGCAAAUUGACAAAUUUUUCAAUGUGAGAUUUAAAGAAUCGGCUUAUAAAGUUAUCAACUUCAGCAGUUCUAUCUAGCGAAUUUUAAUAGCAUUCAAUUCAUUCAUUCAGCUUUUAGUAAAUUUUGACCUUAACUCCAUAUUCACAUACCACUUUUGCUUCGCUGGCUUCAGAAAUUCGCCAGAAAAGUUAAUUUAUCACCCUUUAAUUAACUGGGAGACUUCUGGUAAAGCUUCUAUGAUUAUGAUAUUUUAGCAAUCGGCUUAUAAAGUUAUCAAUUCCAUCAGUGCCAUCAAACGAAUUUUAAUAGCUUGCAAUGUCUUAUGGCUUUUAGUAUGACUUUUGUAGGGAUGUAAAAAAAAAAUUUAAAGACUUGGCUUAUUCGCACAGAACUUUUGCUUCAAUUUGAUUUGACAGAAAAGUUUAAUGUAUGCUUUUGUAUGAGUAUUAUUAUGAGAAACACAGCAAAGCGAAUCAAAAUAUUGCGCAACUCUCAUCCUUUACGCAUUGCCAAGCAAUACUCGCCAUUUUUAUUAACGAGUAGCAUGGAAAGCAAAGCAUUCAUUUUGACAUACCCUUUGCCUUCUUCGCUUUGUUGUUAAAGUAUAAAUUGUCAAGCACAGCGAGUAAAGUUUAAUGUGAAUCGGUCAAAAGAUUUUUUCUCAAAGUUAUAUAUCAAAUAUAUUUUGAAUUCCACUUCAAGGCUGCUAAAAAAAAUCUAAUCUUUUAUAAAUCAAAUAAAAAAGUACUUUCGUCCAGUAUCUGACCAACACAUCUAAAUUUUUUUUUAUAAAAUUGAGAACCUCAAUUCAUUUCUUUUCCGACAAAAUUAAUCAAAUCGAAAUUAGAAAAAUAUAUAUUUUAUGAUUUAAUAUACAAAUAUUUACAAAGACUAAAAAAUUUGCAUCCAAAAAAAUUCAAAAUUACAUUUUUCUUCAACAUUAACCCGUAUAUUAGAAAUAAUACAUAUAAAGCAAAAUCGAAAUAAAUCACACAACUGACUUGCUAACUAAAAUAUAACAUACACAUAAAAAUAUAUAAAUUAUCCAAAAUAUUGAAAAGAAGAACAGCAUGAUUUGCAGUUUCACAUUAAUCACACAAAAGUCUCCACAACAAUUUGAAACUUAUAAUCAAUAUAUGUAGUCUGUAUUUAAUUGUAAAUAUAUUAUGUAUGCAUUUACUAAACGACGAGCGAAGCCCAAGCUGUAAUUUGUUGUAAUUUUUGCAUUUUGUCUUAAAUUUGAAAAACAAAACAUAAAAUGUGAACGAAAUACUUGAAAAGACUAUAAACAAAAGACACAUUGAAAAACUAUUUCAAGAAAAUAAAAACAAAAGAAUUAGAAAAUUGUAGUAUUUUUAAAAGCGAAAUACAUACAUACAAAUAUUAUAUAUACCUGAUAUUGAAGCCUAUAAAUGCAAUGUUUGUGCUACAUAAAAAGUGCAAAAAACACCCUUUGUGCAUUGGAGAGGAUUUGGAUAUUUGGGCGUGUAUGUGAAGAGUUUUAGCAGCGCAACAACUACAUACAUACAAUAUAUGUAAGUACUGCAGAAAUAUUAUAUAAAACUAGCUACUCAUAAGCUUUUAAUGGCGCAUAAAGAUUCCGUGUACUCAAUGAAUUUUAAUACUAAGCAGCGUUUGAAUUUAAUUUAAAACAUUAAUCACUAAUAAGUUGCAUAAUUUAAAUACAUAUAUGCGUUUUUAAGCUUACAAAUGCUGUUCGUAAUUAUUGUAAAUAUAUUUAAUGUAAAUAAUGUUAACUAAAAUAUUUUCAUUUAAGAUAAAUCAAUAAAACAACAGAUAAUUAGGUA